AUGUCUUCCCUGGUCCAGAGCAGCUCGCUCGAGCGCCUCCACCACGUCGAGAAGCGGAUAGUGCGGGUGCUGGAGCUGGCGGGGACGGUCAUGGAGGAGCUGGGGAACUCGCAGGGUCCCCGCGGCGAGGCCGUCGUCGCCCACUGCCGCGAGUUCAUGCUCUACAUGAAGGAAAUUCAAACUACAUUGCGUGAGGAAAUAAAAAGUGCUUGUGAAUACCGGCCAUUUGAGAUGUGUGACUACAGUGCAAGGAUUGCUAACGAGAUUUGUUGCAAAAAGCUGGAGUAUGUGAUUGAGAAGAUGGAUGCCAUGCAACUGAACAUUGAGCACAGCACCAAUGAAGUUUAG